GUUUUUCAUAGGGAUCAACAGCUUCCUUUUUAUAUUUUAUUGUAUUAUAUUAUUUUAUGGUAUAAUUUAUUAUAUUUUAUUAUUAUAACAUUAUGGUAUAUAUCAAUAUCAAUUAACAACAGUGGCAGUUUCCUCCUCUUCCUGGGAUACAUUUCCAGCAACAAUCAGCACUGCAGUAGGGAUCAGAGGAUUUCUUGCAGUUAUCCAAACAUGUGGUGCACUGCCCACCUGAAGCGGGGUCGACACCUCUACCAUCCAAGAAAGGGAGGUUGGGCAUGGCGAUUGUCAUUUCAAAGGAAAUCAACAACAAGAGCAAUAAGACGAACUUGUACAUGGUUUUGGUUGGCUUGUAGUGAAUAUAGAAGUGGGAAAGAGUACGGACACAAAUUUGAUUGGAUCAAAGACACCGAGUGGACAGAUCAAACGACGUUAAAGACGAAAGAAAAGGAGGAGGAAGGAAACUUUGAUACAAUGUCGCGGGGAUUGUCCGUAGUAAAAGAAUACGAGAGAAAUAACAUGGGGGAGGGUGUGAAAUAUAGUUUAGAGAAAUGUUGCACUGAAAAUAGGAGACAUAUUACAAAUAGUCAAGCUAAAGCUAUAAACCUGGUUUUUGAUAAUUAUCAUUUGGCAAGACCAGCUUUUAAACGGGUUCCUUUUCAAUAG